CGCCUAUUAACUGUAAUGCGUUUCCCGUCCCGUGUUCUCUGAUUGUUGUUGCUCGGUCAAUGCACCAGAGCUCUGUUAUUUAAACUUCCCAAAGACAAAUCUUAAAAGCGAUAUAAUGGCUGUAUAAAGGCGUGCGGCGGCGGUACUUGGCUGUGGCAAUAAAAGGGCAGUGCGUUGGCGAUUGGCACUGGCAGUUUCUGGCAAAAUGGCGUUUGUCUUGGCAAUUCCCCUCAGCUUUGCUGGCAUCGACAGCAGGACCAAACUCCUCGACUCGUUACCAUCACCAGAUUUGCCUUUGUUUGCAUACAGCUUUUCACUGCUAUCACUGAACAGCUGCAGCCAUGACGCUUACUCAGUGGGCUUUGGAGGACGCGGAGGCCCUGUGCUUAGAACACUCAUUUCUGAUGGCUGACCCCAUGGGGCCCCUUCUGGACAAAAAUGAAGAAGAAGUUCUUUCUCCCUCUUCCUCUCUGGAGGGAAAGUCUCCAGCAUCGCCCUCUCCCUCUUUCUCUUCUGAUGCAUCGUCCAUGUCGUCCUUCCAGACCCUCUCACCACCCCCGUCUCCUCCUGCCAGUAUCGACUCAUUCUUUGAAACCAAGGUCAGAGUGGACUCCUUCCCAUGGCUGGGUGCAAGCGACCAGCUUACUGAAGUAGAUGAUGGCAAUGAUGAUACCUUUGCAGGCAUUGAUUUGAUGCUGGACAAGACCGACCUGAGUCUCUUUGACCUGGAUUCUCUGAUCGGCUCCUGCUCACCUGAUGGUUCCCUGAGUUCUUCUGAGGAUCUCCUUGCGUCAUUCAGCUCCAACAUGGAGCUCGAUCUAGAUUCCUAUGACACAGUGACCCCUGCAGCACAGGAGAACCUAGAGUCGAGUCAGGAGUUGGUCGUUAAGUCUGAGCCGCUCUCUCCAGCUCCUUCUUCACCUCUUACACAGGAGUCAGAAAGUGAUAUGGAUGUGGAAAUGUUUGCCACAUCUCUCAACGCCACCAUUGUCUCAGAUCCAAGUGGGAACCCCUCGGCCACCAGCAACAUUGUUGUGUCUCCUCCCACCACUGUCCAGCUUACUGUAGUGGUCACCAACAAAGAUGAGCCUCCCAUGAUAUCUCUCCGUGAAUCACCGAUCAAGUCUCCUCCUACCAGCGACUGUGAGGAUGACUCAGGGAUUGAUUCUCUGCCUGGCUCCCCGCCUCGCAUCCCAUCUCCUCCUCCCACCCCCUCGCCUUCCGCCGGCUCCUCCAGAACGAAGCCUUACUCCAAACCAGAGCCCUCUAACGGCUCCUCUCCCUCAGCCAAGGCCUCAAAAGUCAAAUCAGCGUCAGGCGCUCCCAAGGUGAUCGAGAAGAAGAUAAAGAAGAUGGAGCAGAACAAGACAGCAGCUACACGCUACAGACAGAAGAAGAGGGUUGAACAUGAGCAGCUGACCGUCGAGUGCGAAGAACUUGAGAAGAGGAACCAGGAGCUGGCGGAGAAAGCAGAGUCCAUCAGCCGAGAAAUCCAGUAUCUCAAAGAUCUGAUGGAGGAAGUUCGCAGGCGCCGUAACAAGACCAAACCUGUGGCCUGAGUCAGCUGCUCUUGGGGUUGUGUUUCCUAAUUCAAAACUUGCAUGGAUAUGAGGUGAAGGUGGCGUGUGAGGCUGAAUAAGUGAAACUGACUGCCGAACAGAGAAGAGCUGGAGAGCCUGGAAAAGCUGGAGGAGAUUAGUGUAGAACAGGGGGCUGAGGGUUAGUCAGGAGAAGCAUCUGUACAUGCUUGUCUCUCAGUCCCCUGUUAGAUUCUCAUGUAUGUGCACACACACACACACGGUGUUUGUCUUUUAUACUUUAGCUUAGCAAAGCCUAACCAUUGUAGCUCCCCGUUGUAUCCCAUAAAAACCCAAAACUGGUUCACAGCCCGGCUUCAGCUUCCUGUCCAAAAUACAUCUGUCAGUAACUUUGAACCACUUUGACCUUGUUACACACUUCUAUUCCCAACACUCUUGACUUUUCUUCUUUAUAUUUUGAAGUCCAGAAAGGGGCCUCGAGCCUAUUCAAGAAAUUUUGAUGUUACGCAAUUUUUUUUUUCUCUUGUUUCUUUUUUUUUUUCUUUUUUUUUUUUCUUUGUCCUUUUCCUGAGUGCAGAUUGUGGCUUUUAUUUAAUGCUGGAUAAAACUUGACCAACUCUCAUUUAGCUCAGUCUUUAGAGAAGGUGUUGGCUUGUAAAAUUACUUUGCUCCCCCCCCCCUUUUUUUUUUUUCUAAUAAACUUUA